AGCAGUUAACUUUGAGUCUUCUUUAAUAACAAACUUCUUCCACUUUUCUCAUUCUAACUAAGAAAAUCCUCUUUCCCGGGAAAAUUUAAUUUUCUUUCUGCUGAAGAGCGAGAAUGAGUAAGAGGAUGGAUUGUUAUCUUCUUUACACGGUGGUGCUUCUUCUUCUUCUCGGAGCAGCUUCUCUCUCCAACGCAAGGCCACGCGCUAAUCGACCUCCCAACUUCAUGCGAUUCGUGACGAACGCAACCGACUUCGCGUCGGAGGAUUACUACGACUACAUAAUCGUCGGCGGCGGAACGGCGGGAUGUCCACUCGCCGCCACGCUCUCCCAAUCCUUCCGCGUCCUCCUCCUCGAGCGCGGCGGCGUCCCUUACAACAGACCCAACGUGAUGUCGCACGACGGUUUCUUGACGACUCUCACCGACGUCAACAGCUUCGACUCCCCGGCUCAGUCCUUCGUCUCCGAGGAAGGAGUCCCCAACGCUAGAGGCCGCGUUCUCGGAGGAAGCAGCGCGAUCAACGCCGGGUUCUACAGCCGAGCUGAUAAACAGUUCUUUGACAACUCGGGUCUCGAUUGGGAUCUCACGACGGUUAAUCAGUCUUACGAAUGGGUGGAGCGAGCUAUUGUCUUUAGACCUCAGCUGAGGACGUGGCAGUCCGCGAUUAGAGACGCGUUGCUUGAGAUCGGUGUGCAUCCGUUUAACGGCUUCACGUUGGAGCAUAAAGUUGGGACUAAGAUCGGUGGUUCGACUUUUGAUCGUGCUGGGAGGAGACACAGCUCUGCGGAUCUUCUUAGGUACGCAAGAAACUCCAACAUUAGAGUAGCGGUUUACGCUACUGUGGAGAGAGUGUUGCUAGCUUCUUCGUCUCCGAGUGAUUCGGGUUGUAAUGUCUCUGCUAUUGGAGUUGUGUACCGUGAUCAGCUUGGACGUUACCAUCACGCGAUGAUACGAGACAGAGGAGAGGUGAUACUCUCUGCUGGCUCGCUCGGUACUCCGCAGUUGAUGCUUCUUAGCGGGAUUGGUCCAAGGAGUUACCUUUCGACUUGGGGGAUCCCUGUGGCUCUUGACUUGCCUAAUGUGGGGGACUUUGUGUAUGAUAACCCGAGGAACGGUAUCUCCAUUGUUCCACCGGUUCCAAUGGAGAACUCGCUGAUACAGGUAGUGGGUAUUACUGAGGAAGGUGCUUUUCUUGAAGCUGCUUCCACUGUAAUCCCCUUUGCGUCGCCUCUACGUUCUGUUUUCAUAAGAGCUCCAGCUUCUCCUUUGUACGUUCCCGUGACAACUAUAAUGGAGAAGAUUCUCGGUCCAGUUUCUGUUGGUUCGCUAAGGUUGGCUUCGACUGAUGUGAGGAUUAACCCUGUUGUUAGGUUCAACUACUUCAGUGACCCACAGGAUCUUGAGAGGUGUGUCAAUGGGACUAGGAAGAUUGGGGAGAUACUAAGGAGCAGAGCUAUGCAGGACUUCAUGUUCAGGGAAUGGUUUGGGAGCCGUAGGUUUAGGUUCGUUGGAGUUCCAUUACCUUUGGACCAAUCAAAUGAUCUGGUGAUGGCAGAUUUCUGCAGACGUACUGUGAGCACGAUCUGGCAUUACCAUGGUGGAUGCGUUGUGGGGAAAGUAGUGAACUCUGAUCUCAAAGUCAAUGGUGUUGAUUCUCUUAGAAUCGUGGAUGGAUCAACCUUCAGUAUCUCUCCAGGGACUAAUCCACAAGCUACCUUGAUGAUGCUUGGAAGGUACAUGGGGCUGCAGAUGCUGAGAGAGAGAAUGAGAUACUAAUCAGAUACAAGGUGAGCUUGACAGCACUUUCUGGAUUAGUUUACUGAUUCUUUUGCUGUAUGUUCACUACAAUUAGUCUAUUCAUUUGUGCAUUGGACUAUCUUGUUAAUUCAUGAGAACAUAGUACAGAUAGUCGUCUAUUGUUGAUGUAAACAUAAGGACUGAAAUAUAAUGAUCAAAAGCUUAUCUUGCUC